GCCAAACAAAAAAAAAAUCAACAACACACUUACUACCAAUUCUAUCAAUAUUCAUAAUUUCCUCCAUAUAUAUUUCCCUUUCUUCAAGAUGUCAACACAUUGUGUUAGCAUGAUCAAGAACUUCAACUUAUCUUCAAAGAUAAAAGAAGAAGAGGCAAUUAGCAUGGAGAAACAAGGGAUAGUGUCAAUUCUUGAUAAUGUUGAUUCUUCUUCUUCUUCAACUGGAGAAGAAGAUCAUCAUGAGGAACUCAAAGAUCAGCCAAUUAUAACAUUUGAUUGGAGUUCAAUUCUAUCUUCAAAGAAUGAAGACUCAACCAAUAAGCUAAUUUCAACUAGUCCUUAUGUUCAUCCUCUUGACAAAAAAUCAACAAGUUCUUUGAGUGAAAGGAGUCUUGAAAUUUGCACUGAGAGUCUUGGAUCAGAGUCUAGCUCUGAUUGCUUUUCCUCUUCACCUAAGUCGGAUACCGAAGACUCGAACAAUGACAAAGACUAUCAUUGUCAAGAACAACAACAACAACAAAAUUCCUUUGAGGAUUUUGGAGUUGUAAAGUAUAAUUAUAGCAAGAGAUUAAUAUCUUCUCCAAAAUCCUUUCCUCCUUCUCUACCUUCUGUUCACAUGCAAUCGCGCAGACAAAAUGGUAGAUUGAUUCUUGAAGCGGCUUCUGUUCCAUCUAAUAGUCUCCAUGCCCAACGCGUUCAUGGCCACCUUCUUCUCACCUUCAUCAAUCAAAAUGAUUCCAAACUAGAAAUGGAGAACUAUGAUGAUGAACCUGACGUGUUUGAGAGAGUGUUCGACGAUAUGCAAGAAGUUGAAGGUAAUGAAACACCCCGCUCAGAUAGUGGUGGUAAUAAUGAAGAAGAAGAAGAAGAAGAAGGCGAGGGCGGUGUGAUGGAACAAAGUCCAAGAAUGUCAAGUGAGGUGACAAAUGUGAAAACAUCAGCCCUGAUGAUGCUAGAGAAAAAGAAUCCACUAACAUGGUCUAGAUGUACUGUCAGUUUCAGCAUGACAUCUAGUUAUUUCAAUCUUAACAGCAGGCUCAACUGCUCAAUAAACUCGAUGACCGAGGAGGAGAAAUAUACUAGUAAUAUUAGAGAAUGUUACACUUAUCCUUCAUCGGUUUCUCAGUCACUUCCUCUACCACCAGGGGUGGCUGAGGUAAUCCCGGCACCACCACCACCACCGGCGGCUGCAGCCUCAUCAUUAAAUGCCUAUGAGUACUUUUGGAGGAAGAAGCCAACUGUGGCAAACAUUGUGAAUAAUUCCACUGUUGCAGAACAAUGCAACAAGGACAUGUACUACAACAAGAAGCAAGACAUGUUGCUAAUUAGAGGGAACAAGGAAUCUAUGAACAAUAAUUUGGUGCCUUUAUUGAGAAGCUGCAAAGAGCCAAGGAGAUCUCUAAUAAUUUGGGAGCCUUAUUGCAUUGCCACCUCCUAAUGGUGAUCAUCAUUAAUCCAAAGUAUUAAUCAAAUUAUUUGAUUAUAGUAUUAUAUGAUAUAUAAUUCUAUAUAUCAUUAGUCAUUACAAAUAUGAUUUUCCUCUCUUAGUUUUUACUCUUUUGUCAAAAAAAGAGUUUUGUGUAGCCAAAUAACAAAAAGAGAGAUAUCAAGAAAGAUUUUACUGGAGGUCAAUACAACCAUUUUAUCUUA